AUGAGCCGACCGAUUCGACAAAAGCCCGUUCUUGAUCUUCCAGCCCAGUUGGGAGAAUCUCCUGGAGCUGGGAGUGGCUCAGACUCGCCUCGUCUGACGAGAAAGACGCAGGGUGAGCUCAACGAGGCUGAAUCGAAGGGGGUUCCCUUAAAUUCAAAAUGGACUUUUUGGCUCGACAAGUCCGUCCCUGGUGCCACAGCGGCGCAGUACGAAGCCAAUCUGCGAAAUUUGUACACUGUUUCUACCGUCGAGAGCUUCUGGUGCGUUUACAAUAAUAUUCCGACGCCAUCGCGAGUUGCUUGCCGAUAUUCUUACCACUUGAUGAGAGGCGUCCGGCGACCGAUUUGGGAGGAUGCGGAAAAUGUCAACGGAGGAUAUUGGAAGCUCAAGUGUCCGAAAAUUCAUACUGCUACUGUAUGGAAAGAACUGGUCCUUGCCUGCAUUGGGGAGCAAUUCGUCGACGCCACUGCUGCUGAUGACGAUGUUACAGGCAUUUCAGUCUCUGUUCGGGAGCGAGAAGACGUGAUUCAAGUUUGGAACGCGAACUCGACCAAGAGCAACGACGCCACAGUAAUUCCAAAGAUAAAGUCCCUCGUUCCUCACGUCCAGUUCAUCACUCACUUCUACAAAGCCCACAAACAACACUUUGCCUUCGAAGGUUCUCGCGGUGGAAAGAAUCACAAUUCUCAUCACGACAAUCGCAAUAACCAUAAUCGUCGUUAG